GUAGAAAAAUAGUCAAGAGAUAAGAAAUUCUGUAAAAAUUCGUCAUUAAAUCCGUGCCAGAGUUCCUUUUAUUGCUGUCCCAGUAGUUUAUUGUUGUUCAUCGAAGCAUUUAUCAUUGAAAAUUUUUCUGAUUUCAUUGAAAAUCGUUAAAAUACCUCGAAACUAGCGAAACUUUUACUUGCAAUUGUUCAAAGUCUACGGAGAAAGGGAGUGUCUGUGCUUAAAGAUGUGGAAAGCAACGGCAGGCCAUCAAAUUAACGUGCAAUCCAACGAAGAAACUGACGACUGGGAAACGGAUCCCGAUUUCGUGAACGAAAUAAACGAAGAAGAGCAGCGAUAUGGAAAAGGAGGCAAAACUGCCGGCGCCAUAAACAUGGACCAGCUUCGUGAGGAAACGGAAAAAGCGGAUGCGGACAAGAAAAAACGCGAAUACGAGCAAGGACCGAAGGCAUCUCUCGGUUAUGGGGGCAAAUUUGGCGUGCAAAAGGACAGAAUGGACAAAUCCGCUGUCGGGCACGACUACAUUGGGAAAGUUGAGAAACACGAGUCACAAAAAGAUUAUAAAACUGGCUUCGGCGGGCAAUUUGGGGUGCAAAAAGAUCGCGUUGACAAAUCAGCAGCAGGUUUCGAUCACAUCGAAAAAGUGGAAAAGCACGAAAGUCAAAAAGAUUACAAAGCAGGGUUCGGUGGGCAGUUCGGAGUGCAGAAGGAUCGUGUCGAUAAAUCCGCCGUCGGAUGGGAUCACGUUGAAAAAGUCGAAAAACAUGAAAGUCAAAAGGAUUACAAGACCGGUUUUGGUGGAAAAUUCGGCGUUCAAAAGGAUCGCAUGGACAAAUCUGCCGUCGGAUUUCAAGAUUUGCCAGAAAAACCCGGAAACAAUUAUGCCAAAACUAAGCCAGAUAUCGCCGGAGCGAAGCCAUCGAACAUCCGAGCACGUUUCGAGAACUUUGCGGUGCAAGCGGAGGAAGACGCACGCAAAAGAGCAGAAGAACAAAAGAAACUUCGUGCGGAAAAGGAUAAAUUAGACAAAGAAGCAGCCUCGAAACAGUUUGUCGCGCCCGAAAAUGAGCCCGCAAAGCACACAGAACGCAAAGGACCUGUCGACACAGGUCGCACCGGAGGAAUUGGAAAUGCCAUUAGUGCUUUCAAUCAACCAAAAGAGCCUGCCGUCAUCAAACGAGACCCCAUUAUCAUCCCCAAAGCGGCUCCCGUGCAAGAAACAAAGGAAGAACCGAAGCCCGAGCCACCAAAAGUCACACCCCAGCCCAUGCAAGAAACGAAAAAACCCGAAGUUGUACCGCAAGAAGACCCCAAACCGGUCCAGGCGCCUCCGCCAGAUGUUAUUCCAGCUGCCCAACCGACAGAAUAUCUCAAAGCUUCGGAAUGCCAAUCGACGCCAGUACCAGAAGUCGUGCCCGAAGAACCAACGUACGGCAAUAUUGGUCAUCAGGAGGAGGAAAACUUGUACGGAAACGCGGAAAUGAUAAAUCAAGUCGCUCAAGAAAGUGCUCAGGAAACACAGGAACAGGAAGAGGAAAUUGUUUUGAAUCCGGAUGACACAGGUAUUACGGCAAUCGCAUUGUAUGACUAUCAGGCAGCAGCUGAGGAUGAAAUUUCGUUCGAUCCUGAUGACAGAAUCACGCACAUUGAUAUGAUCGAUGAAGGUUGGUGGCGUGGUCUUUGUGCCAAAACGCAGCAGUAUGGAUUGUUCCCGGCGAAUUACGUGCAAUUAGAGGAAAAAUAAACAAAAAAAAAGUCGCAAAUGAACUAAUCAAUCGUAUCGUUUAACCCCCAAUUAAUACAAUUAAUCGAUAAUUUUUAUAAUUUCUUCCAUACUAAAAAAAAAUUGAAGGACUGACAAGGAUUUGACGAACGAAAUGUCCGGAAAUUGUAUUAUGACUUAAAAAUAGGUAAAAUAGGAGACAAAAAAAUAUUAAAAGAGAAUAACAUGCAAUGUUACAAUUUAAUUAGUAUUAUAUUGAAAGUUGUAUCCCUUUAGCGAUAUUUUUUAUAAUAAAAAUAAUGAAAA